GGCAAAAGAGGGCCUUCCCUGCGGCGUGCACACCUGCUGCCAUGUUCAACGCUAUUUAAGGACUUCCAAGUCAGGAGAAUUCAUCUUGCUCACGGUUCUGCCACCAAAGCUGAUGCGGACCAGAAACUCGCUUAUUGUGCUGUCAUGUGAUUCUUGGUGGAAGUCUGGACCAACUUGAAAGCUAUUAUACGCUCGCGAACGUGCGCCAGGGAAGGGUGAAAUGGCAAAGUCGCCGUCCGCCUCGGAGGAUCUUCUCUGGGCACAAUAUGUCUCGAUCCCGUCAGCAAGUUGACCUUUUGUGUAUCGCUGCCUGAUUUCCCAGUUUGCGCCGGCUCGGCCGCCAAGGUACUUCGCGAGGAAAGGCCAAUCGCCGCGACGCUAAGCAGGCGGCGGGUGACGGCCUGAAUCGCCGAGGCGUGGGGAUGAAGAAAUGACACCUGCUCAGUGGGCGGGACUUCACACGCACGCCUCACAUCAAGCACCUGGCUUCACUUGAGUGGCGCAAGCAAGCCACCGUCAAAUCAGAUGAUGGGCUGCACGGCCAGCAAGGUGCUUCCGACCCAAAAUGAAAAUGAGAAGACAAAGCGCCACGUGAGCGUGCUGCAGUCGUUGCUCGCUUUCACCAGGGAACGGGACCUUCGUGAGGAACCAAAAAAGAACAGUGUGUGGUUUUCCACUAAAAGCAAGAAGACUCUUCCUUCCGGUGAAAUGAGGUUUCGAGAUGAAAAGCAGCAAGUGAAAAGAGGAGACACAUACAAGGACAAGUUUGACCCUCGGGUCACCUCAAGAUACCAUAUCAAGGCUCUGAUCGGUCGCGGCAGCUUCAGCCGGGUGGUGCGUGCCGAGCACAGGACCAGUCGCCGACCCUUCGCCAUCAAACUGAUGGAGGUGGAGGCCCCCCAGGCCCGGGAGGUGUGCGCGGCCGAGCUUGCCGUGCUGCGGCGGGUCAACCACGCUAACGUGGUCCGCCUGGUGGAGGUGUUCCAGUGUCCGAGGCGCGUCUAUGUGGUUCUGGAGCUGGCCACGGGCGGGGAGCUUCUGGACCGCGUCGUCAGCAGGGGGCACUACACGGAGCGGGACGCCGCCCGGGCCCUGCGUAUGGUCCUGGCCGGGGUUGGCUACCUCCACUCCCUGGGGAUCACCCACCGAGAUUUAAAGCCAGAGAAUCUUCUUUACUACCACCCGGGCGUCGAUUCCCGCCUACUGGUGACUGACUUCGGACUGGCAACGUUCGGAGGCGCGGCGUUAUCAGGCAGCAGUCAGAGUGCCCAAAGUGGAGACGCCACUUGGACGAACAGCACAUGGUCCUUACGAACCACAUGUGGAACACCGGAGUACAUGGCCCCGGAGGUGGUCCUGAGGAAACCCUACUCUUGUGCCGUGGACAUGUGGGCUGUCGGAGUGAUUGCCUACAUCACACUGAGCGGGCGCAUGCCUUUUGAGGAUGACACCCAAACUCGGCUCUUCAGGUCCAUCCUGGGGGGCAAGUUCAGCUUCCGUGGAAAUCCAUGGCCCUCCGUGUCCAAUCCCGCCAAAGACUUCAUCCGGGCUCUGCUGGAAUCUGACCCGGCCCGUCGUCUUCGUGCCGAGCAAGCCUCCCGUCACCCGUGGAUUCUCACCACAGCCGACGGAUCCCCGAUGAAAAACCUCCACCGAUCCAUCUCCCGGAACUUGCGGCGGCGGGCGUCCCGGAACUCUUCCCGAUGCCAGAGCAGGACCACAAACUCGGCGGCGGAAGUCUGCCCGAUAUCCAAACGCCCUGCUGCAGCAUUAGCUUGGUAAGGGGGGU